UACAGGUGCUGCCUGGUUACUUAGUCAGUCAGGAAAACCUGACAGAAAAACAUGGUUUUGUUCACGGCGAUUGUAACGUAGCAAUGUCUGCCCAGCUUAUAUGGACACUUCUGCUUAUUGGUUGCGUUGUCGGACUUGUACCAGGUAAACUUCAUAAACCCUUAAAUCUCAAAUUGGAAUCUAGGAACUUCAGUCUCUUCCUAACGUGGCUUCCAAAUCCUGAAAAUCGACCUACAGUGACCUACAAAGUUGGCUACAUAGUUGGAUACAAAGCAGAUGGCGAAAAUCGUUGGAAAAGUGUACCAACAUGCAAAAAUGUCACUGUGCCAGAGUGUGAUCUUACAUGUGUCCUAAUGACGGAACGCUAUUUGCAACAUACGGUGCGGGUAAAGGCUGUCUAUUUGCGACCAAGCUCUCCAUGGGUCGAACUUGGAAAUAUAUCAUACAUGUUUUCAGUGGAGCCAGACCCACCAAUCCUACACCUAAUACAAGGGGAGAACAAUGUAUUUAUUAAUGCUUCCAUGCCGUCACCAUCUUGCAUGCCAAGAAUACUUUCUCUAUCUCUUAAGUUCCUUGUGGAUGUCACAAGGGAUAAAACUCUGCAACAGAUCAUACAGGAACAAGCAAUGGAUGGAUCUUCAAUAACAAUAAAAACUCAUGGAUAUAAAGGAGAAUAUUGUUUUGCAGCCAAGACAAAAUAUGUUAUAGACAAAAUUAAAGUAAGCCCGUUAUCGAAUCCAGUGUGCAAGUUCUUUGUUCCAAAAGAAGACAGCCAUAAAGGACCGUUACUGAUUGGAUUUGCAGUUCCAGUGGCUACUAUCUUGUUUUUCAUUAUAUGUUUAGCAUUCUGGUAUAAUGCAACCAAAAAAGUGAAGACACCCAACGUAUUGGAUUUUCCAGUAAAAGAAAGCAAUUAUUCAAUAAUGCUUUGGUUCACAGAAAGUGAACACGGACCUAGAGAGUAUAAUGAAAUGGAUCAAGUGUCAUCGGUUUUACUUGUGCAAUAUAGUGAGACAGGUGUCAUUGAGAAAGAUUAUCCGAUAAGUAGUUACAUGCAGCGACGUACUAUGCAAGAUAACAUAAAUAAGACUGGUAAUUCUGCACACCGUGAUUAUACGUCCUCCAACAGUGAUAAGUCUUCCUCGGACUGUAACGGUGAAAAUACAUCAGGAUCAAACACAGGAAUAUCAGUGACACUGGAUAAAAUGCAAAUCAAUGAUAUCCAACAAGAUGUAACUGUUUCUGAGGGAAUUCAGACUUUGUCACCUACAAACAGUCGUAAGCACCACCUGUUUAAUAGCCCUUGUUUAUUGGACUCUAAUGACUUAAGCAAUGUGAACUUUAAUACAUUGUGUAUAGCUGACAGUGACCAGCAGGAAACUUCAGAUGAUGAAUCUUCUAACCAGCUCCUUACAGACUCUGAAGAUCCCAUUGAGAAACUAAGCAGUGAUGUUACAGACUGUGACAUACCUCAUUCUAACAGAACUGUAAAAUAUGGAAAACCGCAAAAGAACUGCAACUCGGGUUACGAACAGAGGAGUAAUAUGACCAGGAGAUGUUAAAUAUGUAUUUUUUUCCUUAAAGUAACUUAAUAUCCUUACCCAAAAAAUUCAAAGAAUCAAAAAUUGGAACAAAUAAGCCCCACACUUCAUCCAAUCCCGAUCAAUGCACAGUCACAUAUUCUCAAAAUGCCACACCCCUUUUCAGACCUAGCAAAAUCAGAAUGGUGGGGGAGUAUGUAUUUCAGUUUGUGGCGGAAGAUGAUGCACAUGUUUGGAGAGGUUAGGGGGGAAUUCAAUUAGCCGACUAAUUAUCACGCUGCGCAGUGAACAGCUAUUCAUUAAAUAGCCUUUUCCCCGCACAGUUAAUUAGUGGAUAGUGCUCGCUAACCCUCUAAUUCCGAAUAAAAUGCAGAAUCAAUGGGUUCACCCACACAUUAAACUCCUUAUGGUCCUUUUUUCAUGCAGACUUUUCUUUGCAGCUCUAGAGGCUGUAAGGAAAUGUCCACCCUCAGCGAUUAACAAGAUGGGUAAUCCCUAGCAGUUGAAUUACCUGGAUAUGUUUAUUAGCCGCGGGGUUGGAUUUCCCCUGUUAUACCACUUUCACACAUGUGACCCGGGAAUUUGCCGGGUCCAGCAAACUGUGCAAAUUCCUGGGUCUCAACUACAUGUGCUGAGAGGGUCUGUUUGGUGCGACUGCAGCAAUGAUGUAUGAGGACACAUCUGUAUCUGCUGUGGUCAACAGUCCUCAUAGGUUUCUAUAGGGUCUGCAAUGCUAUCAGAUUUACUAAGCACAUUCCGGAGCUUGGCCCCGAAUGGAUAACCCCAACAGCUGUGCAUGGGCAUUGGCUGUCAGGGACCCUAACCAGGAAUUAGUGUGAUCGCAUUGUGCAAUCACACUGCUUCCAGCUCUUUGCCAGGACAGGCUAUCUCCUAGUAAGAGACUAUUGGUAAAUGUACGUGAAAAUAUUUAUUUUCACUUUGCAAAUUUACAUGAAAACUAUUUAUGUUUUCUACCCUAAAUGUGGAUUGUGAUAAAUAUGCCCCUAACAAGGACCAAGUAACCAAUUAAAAAACUUCAAAUAUGGCUUACAUUAUAUAAAAGAGCUACUAAUAUUGUUUACAAAUUUACAGGCCUGGGGGGUCAUUCUGAGUUGAUCAUAGCAUGCAGGGCUACGAUCAUGUCCAUAGACAUGCGGGGGGAUGCCCAGCACAGGGCUAUCCUGCCCCACAUGUCAGUGCCGCCCCCCCCCCCCCUUCUCCCGCAGA